AGUCUUUUAUCUUUUAUUUUCAGCAGAGAGAAAUUUAUAUGCCAGGGGUAUUUAAAUGUCAGGAGUGGGCGUGCUGGCAAUGGUUUGGCCAGGGUUAGAAGCAAGCCUCAGUAGCCCAUUUGCAGAAAGCCUCAGGGAAGAAGAAAGAUUUAUGAGGUGAGAGCCUGCCUGGGCUGCCUCCUCUCCGGGAAAGGCGUCCCUGCAGUAUUUUCUGUCUUUCAAAUUGCAGCUGAAAGCAGAUAUUUUCCCCCUUGCCUAUUAUACCUCUUAAUUUGUCUCUCCCUAUGCUGUUGUCUCUAUAAAGAGUUUUGCAUGAGAGACCCACACAGCAGUGUUAUUUUGGCCCCCGGUGUGAGGUUUAACAGCAAGGGAAGGACUAAAGUCCACGGAUGCAUGUGUCUUGGGGCAGGGGCACACGGUGUCUGAUAACACAUGCCGGUGUAUGUGUGGGCUUGUGGAGGUGGCUUGGGUAUGCCUGUGCACGUCAAUGUUUUGCUUAUAUAGACCUGUCUAGAUACACUUUGGCAUAAUUGCUAGGGUGUCCGUGCUGAAAUUAAGUGUAUAUUUGCAUGUAAGCACACACCCACAAGGUAGCCUCUGUAUGCAUAAAAAUGCAAAUGUUCACAUACAUGCAUAUCCUAUGUAUGACCCGUGCAUAUGUCCAGGUCCCCGCCUCUCUCUCUGUCUGUCCCUCUCUCUUCUUGCUUCUCAUGUUAGCAUCCCUCGCCAACCCCACCCAAGGGCCUUGGCCACAUUUUUGGUGGCGGUUUGCGAGGAACCCUGGAAAUACUGAUUCAGCCAGACAUAACCACAGCCACAGCUCUCGGGUUUGGUCCAGCCAUCCCCAUCCCCCCCAGAGCGAAGCAGCUGUACUACCGCGGCUGGUCUGAGCUCUGGGCAUCCCUGGCUACCAGCAACCUGGCAAUCCCCGGCUGGUGCUGAGAAGUGACAGGGUCGCCCAACGAUGGGCAGCGCCUUACAGAACAACCUGGUCUCCUGGCCCUUCCGGGGGGAGACCGAAACACAGAGCGGCGCUAGGCGGAGGUGGGCGGUGGAGGGGGCGUCUCGGUCUUUCGGAGUCCAGCGAACGCUGGGCAGAAACCAAUGGGUGAUUGUGGCCCAUCGGGGAUCCCUCGGAAGCAGCCAAUGACCUCUCUCCGCUCUGCACCCCGCCCUCUCCACAGCGCGCAGCUGGACCAUUGGAGCUAGCAGGAUGGGGGAGCGCAGCGCCAGCAUUUGGAGCGGGGGGCGUGGCCCAGACUGUGACCCGCCCAUCUUUCCCGGCUAGGUUCCCCAUUGGCCGAACUGCGGUGCCGCGGCGGGCGGAGAGGAGGGGCGCGAGGCGCGCUGUAGGCGUGGCCUGAGGGCGUGGCUGGCGGGGGGCGGGGCAGCGGCGCUGUCGCAGUGAGAGCCGGAGCAGCGGCGGCCCGUCUGGAGCUGCGGCGGGUGAGCCUGCGCGGCUAGCGGAGCCGCGGGGCCGGGAACAGGUGAUCGCAGCAGGAGACCCGCGCCCUCCCGAGUUGCGGCGCCGGAGCCAAGGCUUCCUGGCUCAGCGGCAGGCCCAGGGCUGACAGAGGCCAGCUGCAGGCUUCGCACGCGCUUCCCGGGUAUCCCUCUCCCCGCGCGAGCAUCUGAAGCCCCUGGGUCCCGCGCAGCCUCGGGAGCGGCAACCGCGCGCGGCGGAGCAAAGUUGUGGACGUGUCCCGACCGCCGGGCCCUGCGCCGUCACCACCGGCUGGGCUCGCGCUCUAGGAGCUGCGCUCGCCCUGCAAGCCCCGGGGGUUCCCUUUGCAAACUGCUCCAGAGGCUGAAACUUCGGGUGCCGGCGGGUCGGGGCCUGCGUCCUGCGCACCCUCCGCGAGGGCGUCGCGGACGGCAUGUGACCACUCCGGCGCGGGAAGGCGCGGGAGGGCGCGGGCUCCGUGGAUCAGGCGGAGGGCAGGCUGCGGCGCACGGCGGGCCCGGGCUCCAGCCGAGCAGCCCCCCUCGCCCGGGCCCCGCCGAGGCCGCCGCGCCCCCGCCCCCGCGCGGGAGGACUCGCUCCAAACUCCCUGAACUUCGGGCGGGUCCCGAAGCGGCGGCCUCGAGGUGCGCAGCCUUGCUCGGGGACCCCAGCCACUUCACUCUUGCUCCCCACCCUUGAGGACUCUGAGGACUCCCGGGGCCCCGGGCGGAGCUGACAGCCCCCUCCUGCUGGCCGCGCCGCGAUGCUGGUGAGGAAAGUGCCGGGUUUCGUCCCGGCCUCGCCGUGGGGGCUGCGGCUGCCGCAGAAGUUCCUUUUCCUGCUCUUCCUCUCGGGCCUCGUCACCCUGUGCUUUGGCGCCCUGUUCCUUCUGCCCCAUUCCUCUCGCCUCAAGCGCCUCUUCUCGGCCUCGCGGACCCAACAGCCCGGCCUGGAGGUGAUGGCCGAAAUCGCCGGUCACCACUCGGUGUCAGAGCAGGAGCCGCCUCCCAACCCUGCCCCUGCGGCUCCGGCCCCGGGUGAGGACGAUCCCAGCCGCCUGGUCGGUGUUCUCCGUAGGAAAGGGUGGCUGCGGCGAACCCGCCCCACCGGGCCCCGGGAGGAAGGCAACAGGGUUGCAGCCCUCAGGCCGCAGGAAGAGAGCGUCCGGUUCACUUUCGACUACAAUGGUUUCCGCAGCCGCCUUCGACACCCGGUCUUGGGGACAAGGACUGAUGAGAGUAAGGAGUCCCAGAGUCUGGUGCGAGCUCAGCGAGAGAAAAUCAAAGAGAUGAUGCGGUUUUCCUGGCAGAAUUACCGCCGUUAUGCGAUGGGCAAGAAUGAGCUCCGGCCACUCACAAAGGACGGCUUCGAGGGCAGCAUGUUUGAGAAAGGACCACACUUCGUAACCCUUCCCUACGUCCUAGCUAGGCUACAGUUUCAAGAUGGACAAAGGAAUCCCAGGGAGCAAAAAGCAGCGAACUGGUUUAUCAAACACUGUGUUCAUCUAGCAGGGGCAGGCGGUCUCAGUGGGGCUACCAUCAUCGAUUCUCUUGACACCCUCUACCUCAUGGAGCUGAAAGAGGAGUUCCAGGAGGCCAAGGCCUGGGUGCAAGACAGCUUCCACCUGAACGUGAGUGGAGAAGCAUCUUUGUUUGAAGUGAACAUCCGGUAUAUCGGAGGACUGCUCUCGGCCUUCUACCUGACUGGAGAAGAGGUGUUCCGAGUGAAGGCCAUCAAGCUGGGUGAGAAACUGCUGCCUGCCUUCAACACACCCACGGGCAUCCCCAAGGGCGUGGUCAACUUCAAAAGCGGUAGCUGGGGCUGGGCCACGGCAGGCAGCAGCAGCAUCCUGGCCGAGUUUGGGUCCCUGCACUUGGAAUUCCUGCAUCUCACUGAACUCUCUGGCAAUCCAGUCUUUGCAGAAAAGGUCAAACAUAUCCGCAAGGUCCUCAGGGAGAUUGACAAACCCUUCGGUCUCUACCCCAACUUCCUCAGCCCCACGAGUGGAAACUGGGUGCAGCAUCAUGUCUCGGUAGGAGGACUUGGGGACAGUUUUUAUGAAUAUUUGAUCAAGUCCUGGUUGAUGUCAGCCAAAACAGAUAUGGAGGCUAAAAAUAUGUACUACGAAGCCUUGGAGGCCAUAGAGACCUAUCUCGUGAAUGUCUCUCCCGGGGGCCUGACCUACAUUGCUGAGUGGCGUGGAGGAAUUCUGGACCACAAGAUGGGACACCUUGCCUGCUUCUCAGGGGGCAUGAUCGCCCUUGGUGCAGAUGAUGCCAAGGAAGAUAAAAGAGCCUACUACCGAGAGCUUGCAGCCCAGAUCACCAGGACGUGCCAUGAGUCCUAUGCCCGCUCAGACACCAAGCUGGGGCCUGAGGCCUUCUGGUUCAACUCUGGCCGAGAGGCGGUGGCCACACAACUGAGCGAGAGCUACUACAUCCUGCGCCCCGAGGUGGUAGAGAGCUACAUGUACCUAUGGCGGCAGACGCAUGACCCCAUCUACAGGGAGUGGGGCUGGGAGGUGGUCAUGGCCCUGGAGAAACACUGUCGGACGGAAGCCGGCUUCUCGGGGAUCCAGGACGUGUACAGCAGUAACCCCAACCAUGACAACAGGCAACAGAGCUUCUUCCUGGCUGAGACGCUGAAAUACCUCUAUCUUCUGUUCUCUGAAGAUAACGUGCUGUCACUGGAAGACUGGGUGUUCAACACCGAGGCUCAUCCGCUGCCCGUCAACCGCUCGGACAGCUUUAGCAUAGCUGGCCACCCUCACUGACCACUGUCGCCACGCCUGUGUCUCAGGGACGCCUCUACUUUCUUGGGAUCCGGGACCGUUCUCAGAGGCACUGGGGACGGAAGGCCCGCUGUGGGCAGACCCUGGACGGAUGUGUCGGACAGGCGACUUCUUUUCCUCUGUGAGGAGACAGGAGCUGGUGAUGUACCAGCGUGGGCCCCUGGGCUAUGGUCCCUGGCGCCUACACGUUCCUUUCUAUGGGGGAAUUUCUGUGUCCCCACACUUGCUGUCCCUGGGCCAAAGGACUGGAAGUUUGCGUUCCCAUCUUGUGUAUUUGGUUCGGUUUCCUUUUUGGUUUAGGGAGUUCGGUUUUGCUUGACCUUCCUUGUUUUUUUUCUUUCUCCCCACUUGAGUUUUAUGACAAUUAUAAUUUUCAGAAUCAUGUACCUUCUAAAGUGGCGCCACCUAACUCAAGGAGACCUUUAGUGUUUGUACACACACACACACACACACACACACACACACACACACACCACACACACCACACACACUCUUGACCCGUCUGCUUUUAAUGCCUAUCACCCGACAUUGAUUCUGUCCCACUUCUUGUCAUCUACCCUGUCAUCGGAGGAGACAGUCCCCUUUGCUUUGGUCCCAAAUGUUACAAAUCACUAAUAAUGCUAUUUUCAUUACUGUAAUGGAGAAAUAUGUGAAGUAGAAUAAAGGAUUUCAUUGAAUAAGAAAUCAGAUUGGACUCAUUGGCCACCAGAGGCUCCUGGGAGAAAAAUCCUCCAACAGUGUCACCCGAAGCCGUCACCAGCUGGCAGAGGAGCUGAGGUGUGAUAUACUAAAGGCAGUGGGUGCAGCUUCUCUGUCUCUCUCCAGGUGGCCCUAGUAAGUGCAGGAAAUGAGAGGCCAGCCCUUUGGGUAGAGUUGGGUAUGAAUACUCACACUCGGAUGGAGGAGUGGAAGAAGCCCAGGGAGGUGACUCUGUUUGCCUGAAGUCACCUUGCCUCUGGGAUCUCCUGGUCACCCUGGUCCUUUGUUCAUGUUGUCAAUCAGCAAUGCUUAGUGAGCCCCUGCCCCCACCAGGGCUAGAUGGCCUCCACCUCGCAGUCAGGGCGCUCAGAUCAUAUACGAUGCCUCUACAUUAGUGGAAUGACUAUAAACCAUUGCCAAUACUAACAAGGAUGCAGGAGGCUCAGCCAACAGUAGCUAGGACCUGGGUGGGGGUUAGGGACAUAAGGACAGGGGUUAUUGUCAUAAAGAUAAUAAGACCCAAAGACAAGUAGGCGCUGUGUAUAGACAAGGACAUAGUGUGAUAUCUUCUAACCCAGAUUUCCCUGUCACUCUCUCUGUGCCAUCUCCCUGUGAACCCAGAAGCCAUCUACAUGGCGAGGAGUCCAGGCCCCUACACUGCCGUGCCAGGCUUGCCUUUCCAACAGCCCUGCUGGCAGCCUGGACACAGCUGAGGUGCUGGGUAAAGUUGGCUCUCUCCCAGCCCCUUCAUUAGACUGGGCUUGUCAACUGGCCAUCAAGGUAUUGGGGCUCCAGGCCUGGUGACACCCACCCACCCACUGUGUGAGCCCAGACCAGUCACCUCACCUCUCUGGGCUGUUUUCCAUCAGCAGAAAUUGCACCUGCUGGGGUUGCUAUGAGAACCAGCAAGAUGCUCCUGAUGCCCUUUGGUCCAGGAUCCACUGCCUCCUUGUUCUAGAGGCUCAGACAUCCCAGCUCUUCCUGAGCAGAGCUGUGCAUUCACAGUCCUGCUAUCCGUAGCACACAUGUCAAAGGGAAAGGGUCACUUGCUGCACAAACACUGUAGGACAAUUAAGAAACCAAGAUAAUCAGAAAGGAAAUAUGGUCACCACCCAACUCUCCGGAAUGAAUACUGUUAUAUUUUCUUCUAGACCUUUUUCUAUAAAUAUAUAGAAAAUAUAUUUUGCAAACAUGUUGUCAGCCUAUGCAUACUGUUUUUUCUUAUAACCUGCUUUUGCACUUAACUAUAUAUUGUGAACAUCUUUCCAUGUCAAGAAAUAUACACAUCUGUCAGCACUC